GUCUCAACGCUAUGUGCUCAGACACCCCGCUUCUUGCGGGACACUAAACCGCUCAUUGAGACCCAACAGGGAGCACAGAGGGUCGUGAUAUAUAUGCGUUUUUAAAUGUUUAGCUUUGUGUAUUGACUUUUUUUUUUUUUUUUUUUAAACGGGUUCCAUCCCUGCGGCGCGUAUAUGACGGGACGGCGCGCGGAGCUCGCGGCGAACUGACAGCAGCGCGCGCCUGACUGACUCAUGCUUUCCUAUUGCGAGCCGCUGUAAAGGCGCACUGCGAGGAAGACUUCUCCCCCUCUCCCUCCCUCCCUAGACUUGCGGACUUACUCCUAAGCCUCCUUGCAUGGAUGUAGGCUACUAUGGCUACGUUUGUGUGCAGGGUGCAGUUUCUAGACGACACCGAUCCGUUUAACAGCACCAAUUUCCCGGAGCCUACCCGUCCACCGCUGUUCACCUUCAGAGAGGACAUACCGCUCAUCAACCAGCUCGCCGGAGUGCACCGACUCCUGAAAGCGCCGCAGAAGCCCGACGACUGUGCUCUGCAGCUGUCUCAUAAUGGAAGCUACCUGGAUCUGGAUUCUACUCUAGCAGAGCAGAAAGAUGAGCUGGAGGGUUUCCAGGAGGAUGGAGGGAGAGGCAAAAAGCACAGUAUAAUCCUACGGACACAACUCUCAGUAAGGGUCCAUGCAUGCAUAGAGAAACUCUAUAACUCGGAAGGAAGAGAUCUGAGAAGAGCACUGUUCUCUCUCAAGCAGAUUUUUCAGGAUGAUAAGGACCUGGUGCACGAGUUUGUGGUGGCUGAAGGACUCAUCUGUCUUAUUAAAGUGGGAGCAGAGGCUGACCAAAAUUACCAGAACUACAUCCUCAGAGCUCUUGGGCAGAUCAUGCUUUAUGUGGAUGGGAUGAAUGGCCUGAUUGGACACAAUGAAACAGUCCAGUGGCUCUACACACUGGUUGGAUCAAAGUUCCGUCUGGUGGUUAAAACUGCUCUGAAGCUCCUGCUAGUGUUUGUGGAAUACACCGAAGCCAAUGCUGCACUACUCAUCCAAGCUGUCAACGCUGUGGACAAUAAACGAGGUUGUAAGCCGUGGUCUAAUGCCAUGGAAAUCUUGGAUGAGAAAGAUGGCGUGGACACUGAGUUGCUGGUUUAUGUCAUGACCCUCAUCAAUAAGACACUUGCAGGCCUUCCAGACCAGGAUUCGUUCUAUGACGUGGUGGACUUUCUGGAGGAACAAGGCAUCGAAAACAUUGCCCAGAGGCACCUUGGCAGAAAGGGCACUGACCUAGACCUGCUGGAACAGUUCAACAUAUAUGAGAUGACUCUUCGGCAUGAGGAUGGCGACGAUGAGUCAUCGCCACCUCCGGUGGGGCGCAAAGACAGACGUCGUGCGAGUGUAGGAGGCACACUCGAAAGACGGGGCCUGGAACGCAGACGCAGCCGAAGACAUUCUCUGCAGAAUGGCAAAGGCCAUGCGUCCGCACCCGCCUCCCCUUGUCACAGCCAUAACCCCAACUUCUCACCUUUUAAUGGCCAAAGGAUUGAGGAUGUCACUGAGAGAGAGGAGGUAGAGGAGGAGGAGCAAGAUGAGGAACCACAGAAAGCAGAAAUCUCUGCUGAGGGAUCUGCCAGCUGGAUGGCUCCAACUGUAGCGAAAGAGGAGGCUUCUAGCUUGUGUUUGCCCUUUAAAUGCAUGGUCAACCUCAUCCCCAGCACUGCUGAUUCAGAGGCACAAGAGAGCACCAGGGGCUGUUCUGGGACCAAGGUCAUCCGCAGAGCGCCAGUGGCCUCACCUCCUGUUAUUCCAGAUUGUGGCCCCUGCGGUCUGUCUUCUUGGGCCUCCGUAAGGUCUCUGGGAGCUGUGCCCUCCCGGGGUUCAUCCGUCACCUCAUCUGCCUCCACAUCCCCCAGUGAGGAGCAGCAAAUUUCCCUCCCCCUCCCUUCUCCCUCCCUUCUCUCCUCUUACCUGUCAGACUCGGACGAGGUGCCUUUGAGGACCCCACGAGGCCAGAGGUGCCAAGACACAGAAAAGCGCUCCAGUCUUUCAGAUAUUAGAUACUUACACACACCCUGUUCAACAUUUGCUCCCAGAGCCACUCCUAGUGUUGCCAGAACAAAUGGCUAUGCUGGAACAUAUCCUGGCCGAUCAUCAGGUGCAUCCAGUGUCUCUUCUACCCCUUUCAACCGAUUUGCCUCAACAGGAGGGUCACCUACAGACAGCAAACCUGACAGGCCGGCUCUGGGAGGUUUACUGGCAUCAUCGUACAGGCAGCACCAGGAGACUCUGGCUGCAGAGCGGGAACGGAGGCGUCUUGAGAGAGAAGAGAGACUGCACAGGAUUGAACGGGAGGAGAGAAGUCGUUUCAGUCGAGACUAUGUGCAAAGGAGAGAAGAGGCCAUACAUGCUCGUGAAGAAAGGUAUAAACAAGUGGAGCGUCUGGCAGCGGAGGAGUAUGAGAGGGAACAUGUGACAUCAGCGCCAAGAGGUCGCACAGAAAUCACACUUAAUCUGAGUCCACGCAGUUCUUGCAACUCACGCCCUUCAAUCCCGUCCUCCACUGAGUCUCAGGAGAAAAAACGUCCUCACACUCACACUGCACAAGAAGCUGAGCCAGAAGCAAGCCCUGUGGAAUCUCCCUCAGUGUCUCCCACUGUAUCUGGCCUACAGUGGUCCUCAGAGACAGAGGAGGAGCAAAUGCCUGUGGAUGAGAAGGACGUAAAGUUGUCUGUGCUACAUACGGAGCCAGAUGACUCGGACAAAACGGGGAAACGGACGUUAAGUAAAGAUGAGCAUGAAAGACAAAUAGAGGAGGUCAAGAAAGAUGAAGAUGAGGAAUUGAAGAAGAAGGAGAGGGAAAAGGUGUGCACGGAGGCAGAGGUAGCAGAUGAGGCAGGGACUGAAUUAGAGGUAGAAGAGGAAUGUGAAAAAGAGCAGAUAGUGGAAAGAGACACAGAGGAUAGCACAACCCUGAGUGAGAAAGAGAGGCAGAAUGAGGAAUUGAACGAGAAGGACAAUUGCUCAGCUUCCAGCAUCUCCUCAGCCAGCAGUACUCUGGAGAGAGAAGAGAGAGAGGAGAAGCUCAUAUGUGAUAAUGACUCAGGCCAGUGGACAGAAUGCAUUAAGUCGGCGGAUAUCAACGAACAGUGUGGCAAAGUCCUCAAUAACAAGCGCUUCAUGCUGGACAUGCUUUAUGCACAAAAUAAGAAGCCUGCUGAGGAUGAAGAGAAGGAGAAUGAGAAAGAGAGAGAAGGCCCAGGAGGCCCGGACUCAUCAGUAAACAGUCUUGCAACUCGCAUCUCAACUCUGGAGGCCCGGCAGCAGGCGUCCGAGGACAACGUAAAGAAAAUGGAGGUGCAGCACCUGGACAACCACGGCAACGUGCGGAUUGUGGCAGAGAAAUUCGGCGACUUGGUGAAGGGGCUGGUCUCUCCACAUGACGAGCUUGCCGGGAAGGAGAAGGCACCUUCACCUACGCCACCUAAAAAGGAGUCGGAUCACAUCUGGGACCAGCUGAUGGCCACGCCUCGAGAACUUCGCAUCAAAGAGAUGGACUUUACUGACCUUUUGGAGGAGGAUGACGUAGACAUUUUGGAUGUCGGAAAUAUGAUCAAUUCAGGUGACCACAUGACACCCCCCCCUCCACCUCCUUGUGUACCAAACCUCCCGCCCCCACCCCCCCUUUUCGGGUGCCCGCCCCCUCCACCGGUCCCAGGAGGGAUAUUACCUCCUCCACCACCUUCUAUAACGUCAGUGUCUCCCUCGCAUAUCGGUUCUCCGCAACAUAGUCGAGGAGAGCCACCACUCUUUCAGAAGAAGAAGAAGACCAUCAGACUGUUCUGGAACGAGGUGAGACCCACAGACUGGCAAUACGGCAGUGACAAACGCUGCAAGGAGUCACUGUGGUCCAAACUGGACCCGGUAAAGUUGGACACAGCCAAGUUAGAGCUCCUCUUUGAGACCAAGUCCAAAGAACUUCCUGUGACAAAGAAAACAGCAGCGGAUGGGAAACGGCAGGAGAUUAUUGUACUGGACUCCAAAAGAAGCAACGCCAUCAACAUUGGCCUGACUGUUCUCCCACCACCACGCACCAUCAAAACAGCCAUCCUCAACUUCGACGAGUAUGCUCUGAACAAAGAGGGUAUAGAGAAAAUCCUAACAAUGAUUCCCACAGAAGAGGAGAAACAAAAGAUACAGGAAGCACAGCUGGCGAACCCUGAUAUUCCUCUGGGCAGUGCUGAACAGUUCCUCCUCACACUCUCUUCCAUCAGUGAGCUGUCUGCUCGCCUGCAUCUUUGGGCUUUUAAGAUGGACUACGAAGUGCUAGAGAAGGAAGUGGCAGAGCCCUUACAGGACCUGAAGGAGGGCAUGAGUCAGCUGGAGAAGAACAAGACACUGCGCCUCAUUCUGUCCACGCUACUCGCUAUCGGCAAUUUCCUUAAUGGAUCAAAUGCUAAAGGCUUUGAGCUAAGUUACCUUGAGAAGGUUCCAGAAGUGAAAGACACUGUGCAUAAGCAGUCUCUGCUUCACCACGUCUGCUCCAUCGUAGUCGAGAAGUUUGCCGAAAGUUCCGACCUGUACUCUGAGAUCGGCGAGAUAACACGCUCUGCUAAGGUGGACUUCGACCAGCUGCAGGACAACCUGGCCCAGAUGGAGCGGCGAUGCAAGGCUUCCUGGGACCACCUGAAGGUCAUUGCCAAGCAUGAGAUGAAACCGGCACUAAAGCAGCGUAUGUCUGACUUCCUGAAAGACUGCGCUGAGAGGAUCAUCAUCCUCACCAUCGUCCACAGGCGCAUCAUCAAUCGGUUCCAUGCCUUUCUGCUGUUCCUGGGCCACCCAGCAUACGCAGUAAAGGAAGUCAGCAUCCACCGCUUUUGUAAGAUCCUAAGCGAGUUUGCUCUGGAGUAUCGCACCACCAGGGAGAGGGUGCUGCAGCAGAAGCAGAAGAGAGCUAACCACCGGGAGAGGAACAAGACCCGGGGCAAAAUGAUCACUGACAGUGAGGAAGAAGAAGAUGAGAGUGGUAAGUUUGCAGGCGCUUCAGCAGAAGGACAGGACACUCCAGGUCAGGGACUCGACUAUGCUGAGAAGGCAGCAGAGCACGAACAGAUGACCGCAGUACUACGGAACAGCCUGCAGCUCGGAGACACCACCCCAUCAGUCCUGCCUGGGCUGCGCACCCGCACCAGAGCUGGCCGAGGACGCAUGGGACUGUGGUCUUCUGCCAAUGAAGACACGUCUAAUUGCAUGGAAGACACAGCAGAUGAGAUCAUGGAGCGCAUAGUAAAAUCUGCAACUCAGGGCCCCAGUCAGCGUAGUCAGCCUCGCGAGAGGAGACGCUCAAGAGCUAACCGCAAGUCCUUAAGAAGAACACUGAAGAACGGGCUCACCCCAGAGGAGGCACAGGCACUGGGAUUAGCCAGCGGCUCUGAGAUGCAAGUGUGACGCAGAAUAGAUUCAAGCAGCUCAGGGUCUAAAGACACACACAGACACACUCGAUACAACUGAUCCUGGACACUGCAACCUAAGCAUGCUGAUUGAAAGACAUAUUUCUUGACACCUACCACUUUUACUGCAUUUUUAAAAGACAAGCACAGUAUUAGCCACCGUUCAACUUUCAAUUCUAUUACACAAACCUCUAAUAUUUACACACACUCACACACUCUUGUAGCCCUGUUAGUAAAGAACCAAGUUCUCUUUAGAGACAAAGGUACAGUACUAGUGUUUCUUACCACUGUGGCCUUGAGUGUGAACCCGAAGAUUAGUGCUUUUAACAAGGCUGAUCUCUUGCACUCUGGUUAUCAAAUAUUAGCUGUUUGGUGAAAUCUUGCCUGCUUCGGUUAGUAGCACACUCAGCAUUCAUGUCCAGUGGAAACUGCAGAGCACAGAUUUCUAGAAAUCGCUGACAUAGAUGUCGUAAGGGGUGAUUUUCUCUGCACUGCUGUGGUAUGAGGUUUUUUUUUUUUUUUUUUGCACGUUUCUUUUUUUCAAUAUUUUUUUAAUACGGAUUUUAGAUUGAGCCUGAGAUGAAAUACGAUCAGCAAUAUGCAACAACACGUCUGACCUACAGCACCUUCUGCCAUUUGUACUGUAGUCCAUCUGCUAAAAGUGGUCAAGGAGAGUCCAUUUCCAGACAAAACUCAACCUUAGUCUUAGCCCAAGAAGAACCUCAAUGCUGCCUUGAUGUUCACUGUUAUAAAUUCACUUUUAAAUCAUUAUUGAGAUGCAUGACAACUAUACUCGUGGCAUUCGGUAAUGACGUGUGUCUUUGGAAACAGAGGGAUGUGGUCUCUUCAGCACAGCAGCACUAUGGUUUUUUUUGUUUGUUUUUUUUUUUUUCGAAGGAGCAUGUAAUGUGAUUCGCUUACAGAAAAAAAUCACCAAAUGUCCAUUCUCCAGCGUGAAGCCCAAAAUGUUAUUCUGACAAUCCACACAGCCGUACUACACGACCCGGUAGUACAUCCCAGCACCUUAUUACAUUGUACCAUGUCAUUUUAAAGCAAUGUCAAGUAUUAACAAGAAGAAGUAUCUGUUUUUUGUUUUGCUUUGUUUUUUUUUUUUUUUUUUUGUCUGAUGUCUUCUUCUCAGAUAACCGAGUACUGUAAAAUGAAAAUGAACUAGAAAUCUAAUGUAGAAUCUAAAUGGUCCCUAAGAAGACAAAUGCUGUAUAAUUGUGUAAAUCUUUUGUUUUUAUUUUUGCAUCUGUUGCAUUUGUAUUUGUAUAGAAUAGUGUAUUAUAGGUCAGAAGCAGUGUUAUUCUGUGUUAAUUAUAAUUUAAGAAAAGUAAGCAAGCCAUUGUUAAAAACUACAGGAAAGCAAGAGAGUUGAGUCAAAGGGAGCGUCUGUGAUGUCAGUUUGAUGCUCAGCGAUGUUUGCUUUUGUAAUUUGUAUUUUUUUUUCUUUCCUUCCUUUUUGCACAAACUUGAAAUUUGUUUGGUCUUUGUAAAUCCCACUCACUCACCCACCCAACCUCAACUCCUGCUCAAAAGUCUUUCCAGUUCAUUGCACUUCGGUACAAUCAAAUUGAGUUAUGUCCAAUCUUUUUUGCUGCAAGUGCCAUAAAAAGUGGGUAUUGAAUAAGGGUACCAAGAAUGUGAAUUUACCUUGUUAAUACUCACAGCGAAAAAGUAUAUACUGUAUACAAAUCUUGCAAUAAAUAGCUUUUAUGAAGCAUCCAGAGAAAUGCUGGUGUUGAGUGUUUUUUAUGCAGAUCAUGCAACGAAAGAUUACAGCAGCUAAUGAACACCCAUAAUUCAGUAUCUCAGAAAUUAAAAAGUUAUUACUU